AUGGACCUUCCAUGGAUCGAAAAAUAUCGCCCUCAAUCAUUAGAUGAAUUAAUUAGUCAUUCAGAAAUCUCGAAGACAAUUUCGAGAUUCCUCGAACAAAACCGGCUGCCUCAUCUACUCUUUUAUGGACCACCUGGAACGGGCAAAACCAGCACGAUACUUGCGACCGCCAAGACCCUUUAUGCGCCUCGAGAGUUGAAUUCAAUGGUGUUGGAGGUAAAAUUCUCCCGUUCGUUCCUACUGCUUUUUUCCAAGCUCAAUGCGUCUGAUGCUCGAGGUAUUAAUGUAGUUCGGGAACAAUUGCUCAGCUUUGCAAGCACAAAAACUCUUUUCGCGGGUAAAUUCAAAUUAGUAAUCCUAGAUGAAGCGGAUUCAAUGACCAAGGAUGCUCAAAAUGCACUUCGGAGAAUUGUGGAAAAGUUCACAGAAAACACUCGAUUUUGUCUUAUAUGUAACUACCUGUCGAAAAUUAUUCCGGCUAUCCAAUCGCGAUGCACGAAAUUCCGGUUUGCCCCAGUGAGCUUCCAACAGAUGCAGCCGAGGCUGAAGGAGAUUGCUACCAUGGAAAAAGUCGUGCUGACGGAGGAUGGCAUGAAAGCUAUCUAUCGGUUUACAUCUGGUGACAUGCGGAAAGCGAUUAAUUUAAUGCAGAGCGCGGCAAUGUCGGCACCAAAGAUUGAUGAAUCAUCUGUCUAUGCUUGUGUCGCCUACCCUUCUCCCGCAGAGAUACGGUCAUUAACCGAUUCCAUGCUGAACGAGCCGAUACAUUCGGCCUUUAAAAACAUCUUGGCUACUAAAAAUCUCAAAGGUAUUGCAUUGCAAGAUGUUUUAACUGAACUUCAUCCGCUAGUAAUGAAAAUUAAUUUCCCAGAUUCUGUGCGUUGUGAUCUUAUCAUCGCACUGGCUGAACUCGAGCAUCGCAUGUCGGUCGGUUCUUCAGAACGUCUUCAACUUGCUGCGCUUGUGGCAUCUUUUGCUAGAGCGAAAUCUAGCCUUGAACAUGUUUCUGGCUAGACUCCGUCUUCACUCCUAUAUGCUAUUUUCCAUUGUUCGAGGUUUAAAUCAGAAUCACAUUUUUAUGACUGUUUUUUUAAUUUGCAUACUACAUUAUGAACCAGAAAUUUCGCGUAUAAAAUUUCUUCAGAAGGAUGAAGUCGCCAGUUGUACAUUAACUCGGGCACAACCGUAGUACGCGUGGAAAGUAUAAUCCAUUCGUGAGGUAGAUGGAAU